AUGGGUGCUAUGAUUAUGCCCAUGAUCCAGAACCUCGAGGCCACACUCAGGAACAACGCCGCGCCCCAGACCAUGCAGUUCGUGCCCACUCCGGCCUCACUCUCUGUUCCGAAGCCAACGGCUGCGACGGCGACGGCGACGGCGACCAGCAAAGCACCUACAAGUUCUACAACUGCCGCCGCUGCUAGUCCAGCGCCCACUGGCUCUUCUUCCAAGCAGGAAGAAGAGAAGAAGGUCGAGAAGCAGACUCCGGAGAAAGCCGCGGCGGCGGCAGCAGCGCCGGCUGUGGCUGACCCUCUUGGCAGCGCGAGGGGGAAGGUGCAGGAGGAGGUGAUGAGGGAGUUUGCGGCGCUCAUGGCGAGCGGCACGCUGCAGGCGAGCGAGGCGGCGGCACUGGCCAUGCGCCGGGUCAUGGAGCGCCACGGCGAUGGCGCCAGUAUGCAGUGCUAG